CAAAGCACGCGACCAAGCCUCCGACCCAGCUUCCAGCGCCUCAGCCGCCGCAGGAGCCGUAGAGCCCCGCCCCACGCGGGAGGAGCCCGCGGCCGAAGCUCGGCCCUUCCCGCUCGCCGUACGCGGCUGUCGCUAAGAUGGCGGCCAAGGUGGCAAGGCUGGCAGCUGCUUCUUCUGCUCUGCCGUUUGUGUGUGCAGUGUAUGCAGCAACAGAAAAGGAACCGACAAGUCAGCUGGUGAAGCCAACCCAGCUUCCAAUUUACUGCUCACCAUCUCUGAAAUCAAAAUACAUUGAAGAACAGCCUGGUCGCUUGCAGAAGCAAUUCUCUUCAAUAAGACUGACAACUGGCCGCUAUAUUGGAUGGUGUAAGGAUGCUUUUUUCUUUGUUAAAAAUGGAAUAAUGGAUUCAAUUCAGUUUGGUAAAGAUGCUUAUGUUUACCUGAAGAAUCCACCACCAGAAUUUCUUCCCAGAGUUGGCAUAAUUACAAUAUCAGGCCUAGCUGGUGCAGUGCUGGCAAGAAAAGAUUCUAGAUUUAAGAAAAUUGCUUAUCCCUUGGGACUUACUACUUUAGGAAUUUCAGUUUGUUAUCCAGCUCAGGCUGUAGUAAUUGCUAAGGUAACAGGGAAAAAGGUGUUUUCUGCAAGCCAUCAAACCUAUGAAGCUGUACGAUCACUGUGGGCAAAGAAGGAAGAUGCCUCCAAGCUGCAGCAAGAGUCAAAAUCAGUUACACAAGAAGAUGAGAAAAAUAAAGAAAUAUCUAAUAUACAGUUUGAAUCUGCUAUUGAAUCACGAUCAUCUAACAGAACAGAAUCUUCUCCUGUAGAGUCUUGGAGUACUAAAGAGCCGCUGCCUUCAUCAGGAACAGUGAAGUCAACAAAGUUUAAACCUGACCCAAAACUUAUGGACCAUGGUCAGUCCAGCCCAGAAGAUGUGGAUAUGUACAGUACAAGAAGCUAAGGCAUCUGCUUACAAGUCUUUGCAAAGUAUUACAGAUAAGGGGGAGGGAAGAAGGGAAGGAAUAAGCCUUGUGAUUCAUUCUGUGUGAGGUAUAACUUAAUCAGGUAUUUUCUUAUAUUCUGGACUGUAUUAUUGACUUACACGAUUCUGUUCAAUGAAUAUUUUGUUUUCCACUACCUACAAGCAGUGAGAAUUCACUCAUAUUCAGUGUCAUUAGUGUGACACUGAGAAAAUGAGAUUUGCCUGUGUCUUCUCACAAUGAAGUUUCUCUGUGCCAAACUUGUUAAUAAAUGUCAUUUCACAAAAGAUAUUUGAAAAGGUGAACAUCUCUAUAUUUCAGCUCAGAUGUUCACUGAUAGAAAAGAGGAAUGUGAUGGGUGGGGUUAGAGAGGCUUCUUUGUUUUUCACUCUAAGCUCUAGAAUGAAGAGCAACUCUUACUGCUCUGAGUGCCCUUAGUUGGUUAUUUUAUCAUACAUGUAGCAUUAUCUUUAAUGCUGACAUAAACAAAUCACUUUUUUUCAUUGCAGAGUCAUUUGUUGUUGUUUGUGUCUUUCACAAACGUGAAUGGAAGCUGAACUUGUGCAUUCUUGUUUUGUAUUUAAAUGUCACUUAAGUUGGGAAACACAACUAAUCUUUAAAACAUCCAUGAUAGACUAUGCAUUAGUUUUUACAUACUUCUAAUAACUUGAAGAACUGUAUGCAAAUUGCUGAAUCCAUGAAGCUGAUACUGUUUGAUUUAUAUAGAGUGAAUAAGCAAUGUUAGAGAAGAGCUUGAAGGUUUAAAGUAAGAAAUGCAUAGAAGGUUAAAAGGCUGAUAAAUAUCUAAAAAUGCCAAAGUAAUAAACAGUGAGAACAAAAAGUGAGAAUACCGCUAUGCAAACAGAUCAUUUGAUGUCUUAAACCUGAGAGGAAACACUGCUUCAUAUGAAUGUAUUUUGAGCAGUGGGGUAUGAAGGGAUAUUUGCUCCUGUUCUACAUAGGAAUAGAUUUCACUACCUGAUUCCUUCUUAUGAGGCUGCCACUUCCAAGUCAGAUGACUUUAAUACAGGCAGUCAGUACUCCUAGCGUCACUGCAGGGCUAGCAGAACUAGUGAGGAGAUAUUGCACAAUGGAGCAUGCACGAAGCAUAAAUAGUGAAUGAACAAAAGCACCAAGUAAGGCUUCUAUAAUGGCUCAGAAACAGAUGUAUUGAUAUUCUGUAAUCCAGAUUUCAGGUGAAGUUUUGGGCCUGUACAGAGUCCAAUACAAAGUCAAGUCAGUAAAUAACAGGUUUAAAGAAAAAAUAAUUCUAUUAGUUAAACUUGCUUGGGAUGCCUGAAUUAGAAUUUCAUGUAUUUUGUUUCUUUAAUCACUUCAUAAGGUCCAGGAAACUGCCAGAAUUCAGGCAGAAAUCAGAGGCUAAGUCAAUUUUCACAGAGCUCCUGGACACCAUGCUCCACUACAGAGAGAGCUAGAAGAAAAGUUAGAUGGUUGGGCUUCCCAUGCCAUUUUCAGGGAAACAGGAAGACAUAAGGCAGGAGGUGAAAGUGAUUAAAGAAAGAUCACUUUCAAGUGCUAGAUGGGAUGGUGGGAAUUACCUGCCUUUAUAUCUAGUCCCUUACUCAGCUUCUAGAUUAAAAAAUGAAGGCAAAACUAUUUGCUCUUCACCUAGAGUCUAUUUAAAUUCUAACUUAGCUUUGAGUGGAGCACUACUACAAGUCAACAAGAAAGGUAAGAUGAUACAGGUUUGCAUGGUUUGCUGUGGUGACAUUUUCAGGACAAAGUAUGAAAAAACUAUGUAUUAAUCUUCUGGGAGCAGGGUAGGAAGCUUCAUUAGGGAGAUACCAAGGAACAAGUGUGUGUGCCCUUCCCAGGCAAGAGCAGGCCUUAAUAGACUGUCCUCUACAAGAAUGCAAAAAGCUGCUCCAGUCCUUUGAAUAAUUUCAGGGCAUUAAUACUCCUAUCUCAUGACAGAGACAAGUGUCUGGUCUGGAAAAGGUUUGUUGGAGUUCUUAAUGGUUAAGCUGAGCAAUCUUACAUGUUUCAUCCAAGCAGUUUGUGUUAUAAGCUGUGACUUCAGAAGAAAUUCAGGUUGUAAAAGUACAUGAUGCACCAAGCUGUACCUAUGCUGUAUUACAGACUCCUCAGGACAAAAUUGUGAUAGAACUGUGCUACAUAGUUACAUUGUUCAAAAGUCUUAGAUGCAUUUUCUAGGACAUAACUUAAAAUUAUUGCUUGUACUCACUUUGAUGAAUAAACUGUGAGCAAUACAGUUCUGCAAUUCA